AUGGCUCGCAACAACCGUCGACAACACUCUGGCGGAGGGUGGCAAAACCGCAAUCAUCCCUACAACCCCAACUAUGCUCGUAAUCAGGCAUCGAAUGUCGACUACAACGACACCAUUCGCUGCAAUUACUGCGAUGUGCAACGUCCUCGCUUGCGCUUUCCCAAGGCUGUCCUCGAGAAGUAUGAUAGGAAGCGCGCUAGAGGUGAAGAUCCAGCUAGCGUCAGGGCCAUUUGCCGUGACUGUUGCCACAAUCCUCAGAGCUCCAGCGCUCUUCCUCGAGCCCAACCUGCUGCCUCUUCUGCCAGUGUCGUCCCCGCUCGAGGUGUAUGCACGUCUUGCCACAUCGAUUACCCCCUCACCGACAAGUUCUUCACCAAAUGGGAUAGGAAACUCGACGCUCCCAACCGCACUUGCUUUCCUUGCAAGAAUAAAUGGAUCCUCGAUGAAGCUGUCGACUCCGCUCUUGUCCCUGAUGGGUACGAGAUCGAUCUAGACGAUCCAGAGGAGCAUGAGAACAUCGUUCCAGACCUCGAUGAAUUCUGGGUUCCAGAGGAAGAGCUUCAAACCAAAUUUGAAGAUCUCGACGAAGACCAAAAGAGGCGUGCCGAAAGAGCUGGCCAAGAGCAUAGCAGGCUCGCUACCAAGAUCUGCAACGCCUUGCAGCUGGCUCAACGACGUCGUCGCUUCCGAUUCCGCCCGGUCAUCGAUCAACUGCGCGAUCAAGAGCUCCAAGACUCGCUGCAGCGCCUGACCCUGGAGAAUCGCCUCGGCGAAUUAGACUUCGAGAGACUUCAGAUCUCUACGGUCACUCGACGCAAUCGGGACGAGAUCGAGGUUGAAUCAGAGUUUCCGACUCUGCUUCGAUUUUGGCGCACCAUUGCAAGAACCGCAAUCGCCGACCUCGUCGAACCUCCUGCCCACCCGUCGGAUCACCACGUAGUGUCGGAAAGUAGCGAAGACGAGGAUGAUGAAGAGGAUUGUCAAGCUAAGGAGCAUCUGGAGUACCUGCGUCUUCCUGAUCACAAAAGGGAUGCCUUCCUCCGCAAUCGUCGACUCGCCAAUGCUCUCAAAUCGGAGAAUCGGCGCUUUGUAGACGUAUACACGAGCAACGCGCAGCAGGUCGCUGACUCCGAAGAGAACCGUCUCUCAGACCUUAUCGAGCAGUCCCUGGCCAUCUCCGAAAGGGCUCUCCUUUCUCAUCGGCAGAUGGCGCCAAGCUUCGAUGUCGCCAUCUUUGGCGAGAGGUAUCUUCCUCGCAACGCUUCUGCUGCUUCCACGUCGGCUUUCAGUACGGCUUCGACUUCGGCUCUCACUCCGUCUUCUGGCUCGACUCCAACCGCGAAUGACUACCAUGCCUUUGCUUCCUCCUCGAUCUCGACAGCACACUCCGAUGGCUCUGUUGCCUCUGCCGCAACUUCUCAGUCUACCAAGCAUCCCAGAGUGGUCCAGCGAGAGACUCCUGUUGAUCCUCGUCGCGCUCUCUUCGCCCAUCGCUACCCACAGGCGCAGUCGAAUAUGGAUCCCGAAGCCACUCCACCUGCUGUCAAUCAACAGCAGCAGUCGCAGCAAGCUGGUGGUAGUGCUACAGCCAAGCUCGAGCGCUUCUGA